AUGGACUACAAUAAAAGAUCGUCUGUUUCUACAGUACCGAAUUCAGCACCGUUGAAAGUCGGAUUCAUAGGACUGUCUCAUCAAAAAGGAUGGGCUGUAAAGACUCACUAUCCAGCCAUUCUACAGUUAUCUUCACAAUAUCAAAUUACUGCGUUGUAUAACCCUCAGUUAGAGAUAGCUUUAGAGACCAUCAAAGAACUUAAAUUGGCUAAUGCAACGGCAUUCCCAACUUUGGAAUCCUUUGCCUCUACAGCCAUAGUUGAUAUGAUUGUGAUUUCUAUUCAAACAUCAUACCAUUACUCGGUAAUCCUGCCGUUAUUGGAGUAUUCAAAGAGUAACCCAAAUCUGAAAUAUUUGUUUUUAGAAUGGGCUAUGGCUUGCAAUCUCGAUCAAGCUGAACAGAUAUAUAAAGCUGCUGCAGCUCGUGGAUUACAAACAAUUGUUUCAUUACAAGGGCGUAAAUCGCCUUAUAUUUUACGUGCUAAAGAGUUGAUUUCACAAGGACAUAUUGGUGAGAUAAAUUCAAUUGAAUUAACAGGAAAUGGUGGUUGGUAUGGGUAUGAUAGACCAAUGAAAUCACCAAAUUAUAUAUAUGAAAUGGGGAACGGGAAUGAUUUGGUCACAAAUACAUUUGGUCAUACUAUUGAUAUUUUACAAUAUAUGACAGGAUCAUAUUUUAAUCAAAUUAAUAGCAUGGUAUUUAAUAAUAUCCCGGAACAGGACGUUGUCGAUGAUCGUGGCCAAAAGACAGGGCAAAAAGUGAAAAAAAGUGUGCCGGACCAUUUAUUAUUUCAAGGUACUCUAAUGAGAGGUAAUGUACCUGUAUCAUGUAGCAUUAAAGGUGGUAAACCAACAAAAAAAUUUACUAAAAAUUUAGUUAUUGAUAUUCACGGUACAAAAGGUGAUAUUAAAUUAGAAGGUGACGCAGGAUUUGCAGAAAUUUCUAACCUAGUGUUGUAUUAUAGUGGUACAAGGGCUAAUGAUGUACCGGUCGCAAACAACAGCAAUGAUAAUAAAUAUGGGACACAACCAAAAAAUGAUAUGAAUAUGUAUGAUGCAGGAAAAGAAAUUAUGGAAGUUUAUCAUUUAACAAAUUAUAAUGCAGUAUUAGGUAAUAUAUUUCGCCUUUAUGAAAGUAUAGCAGAUUUCCAUUACAAUACGAAGAAGAUUCCAAGUUUACCCUCUCAAUUCUUAUUACAAGGUUUUGAAUUUGAGGGAUUCCCAACUUUUAUGGAUGCAUUAAUAAUUCACAGAUUAGUUGAUAGUGUAUACCAAAGUCAUCUAUUAGGGUCCACAUUGGAUGUAACGAAAAUAUCACAAUUACCAAGCUUCAAUUCAUAG